AUGUGCUCCGUCCUGCCCACGCCGGGCACCUCCAUCAAGCUGCGCGUCUCCUUCGUGGAGGUGCAGGCGGAGACGCCGCUGGCCCGCCUGUGGGGCCUGUCGGGCGAGUGGCGGGAGCUGUACGGCCGCCUCCGCGACGAGCUGCAGGCCGCGCCGGGGCCUCGCCUGGCCAACGCCCCCGGCGGCGCCGGAGGGGCGGGCGCGGCCUCGGGCCUGGCCGUGGGCGACCUGGGCCUGGUGGAGCUGGGCGGGCGGUGGCUGCGCUGCCGCGUGGUGGGCCGCCUGCGGGGCCCCGGCCAGGAGUACCGCGUCUUCCUACUGGACGAGGGCCGCACCGUCAGCGCCGGGGCCUACUACCUGGCCCGCGGCCGUGAGGACUUCUUCCAGCUGCCCUCCGAGGUGCUGGGCUGCAUCCUGGCCGACCUGGUGCCGCCCGGCCACUUCGCGGCCCAGGCGGCCGGCGAGCCCCAGGCCUUGGCCCCGCAGAGAGGCGGCGGCAGGCUCAGCUUUGCCUGGACGGCCGGCGCCGUCGAGUUCCUGGGCUGCCUCCAUGGCAAAGAGGUCUCGGGCCUGGUGCGGGAGGUGCUGAUCCCCCAGCGCCUGGUGGUCCUGGAGCUGCCCUGGCUCCUGGCCCAGAUGCACCACCUGGGCCUCGCCAGCCAGAUCUCGCCCGCCGCCUUCCGUACCUUGCUGAACGCCUCCUUGGGAUGCAAUCCUGCUCCACCGCAGCAGUCUUCCGUGCCUCCACCGCUGCCGCCGCCACCUCUUCCGCAGGUGCCCUCUCCUGCCGCCCCUGCCCGAGGCCAGCUGAGUCCUGGCUCCCUGGAUUACUUCUACCCCAAGCUGGAGUUAAACAUGACCGAGUCGGUGCUGGUGACGCAGAUCUGCGACCCCCACCACGUCUACUGCCAGCUGCGCAGCCUCUCCAAGGAGAUCAGCCGUCUGACCGAUGCCAUGAUUCAAGCCUUUGAGGGUGCUAGAGGAGAAGACCUGCAGGAGGCCUUGCCCACUCCGGGUUCCCCCUGUGCCGCCCGGGGCAUAGACGGACACUGGUACCGAGCUCUGCUGCUGGAGAUAUAUCCCGGGGGUGGUCCUGAAGAGCAGCCGGGGGCAGUGGCCCAGGUGAUCUGUGUGGAUUACGGCAGGAAGGAGUUUGUGACCAAGAGGAACCUGCGUCGCUUGCCGGGAGAGUGUUUCCGCAUGCCGGUGGUGACCUACCUUUGCUCGUUACAGGGGAUCACAGAUGGAGGCUGCGGCUGGACCCGUUCACAGAUCAGUGAGCUCAAGACCUUGCUGCUGGGCAAGGCGGUGCAAGCCAAGAUCGAAGCUUAUUGCGCCUUUGAGCAUGUGUAUUAUGUGACCUUUUUUGGGGAAGAAGGUUUCAACCUCAACUGCCUUUUUGGGGUGCAGGCCCACUGCCUGACCCAGAGAUUUGUGCACAGCCAUCAAGGGUAUGCGUCUAACUUAGUGGCUGAACAAGAAGGCGUUGGUGCCCCUACCAAGAAGGAGCUGCUGGGAGCACUGGCCACAUUUGCUGCCGCCCCCCUGCCUAGCGUGCGUCUGAAGGCAGGAGAGUGCCACAAAGCCCAAGUGUCCUUCCUCAAAGACCCUACGCAGUUCUCCGUGUGCCUGCAGGAGUACCACCAGCCUCUCUGUCACUUGAAACAAAACUUACAAGACUUCUAUUCCCAAAGCAAAAAACUAGAGGGUAUUCUCCUUGAGCCCCAGCCAGGUUCCUUGUGCUGUGUGAUGUUGAAGGAGAACACUUACCACCGUGCUGUUGUCACCGGCGUGCAGGGGGAAGGUAUUGAAGUAUACCUGGUUGACAGGGGAAACACGGAAAUAGUUGACCUGUAUAAAGUGAAGGAGCUGCUUCCUCAGUUCAGAGAACUUCCUGCCGUGGCGCUCAGGUGUGCCUUGGCUAAUCCUUCCUCAAGUCAGCCGUGGAGUCCGGGCUCUGUAGACUAUUUCAAGAAAGCCGUGAUGAAUAAGGAACUGGUGGUUCAGGUCCUGGGCAUGCAAGGGGACAUUUACAUAGUUGAACUUUUCGAUCAUUCUCUAGCAGGAGAGAAAAACUUAGCCAAACUCAUGUCCCAGGGGAAGUAUGCUGAGCAUCAUGACAAUGCGGAUUCAGAGACCAUCCAGAAACUUUCAGAUAAGCCUCUAAGAAGAGGUACUAAAGAACUGGGCACUAGUCAAAACCCUGUGAGAAUGAUAUCUGCAAAAAAUGGAGAAUUCCCACCCAGACCUGACCGUCAAGCUCCCCGCUGUACUUCAGCUUUGACAGCCAAAAUGCAGACGGUUGGGGGCAUUUGUUCUUUGCCCAGUGAGACAGUUGCAAAAGAGGACUCUAGUGGUGCUCCGAAUAGUUCGCCCCAUCUUGUGCAAAACUACUCUGAAAUAAAGCCAGGAUUGUCUUGCGAAGGGCAAUUAGAAGUUGGAAGUACAGUAGACGUAACAGUAUCUUACGUAGAAAGUCCUAGUCUCUUUUGGUGUCAGUUAGCUAAAACUGCCUAUGAUCUGAGGGUACUUAUGGCUGAGAUUCAGCAUUACUGUGUUCAUGUAGCAGAGCCCCAUGUUUGGCCUAACCCUGUGUGUUUGGCUAAGUAUUCAGAAGACGGGAAGUGGUACAGAGCUCUUAUUGUUCGUGCUGGCCGUCCUACAGAAGACGUAGAAGUCGUGUAUGUUGACUAUGGGAAUAAAGAGCUUGUUUCUGUAAAGGACCUUCGUUCAACUAGGACUGAGUUUCUCAAGCUGAAGGCCCAGGCUUUCAGAUGUAGCCUUUACAAUUUAAUUCAGCCAGACAGUCAGGAUCCUUUUGUUUGGGAUGAAAAGGCCACUGACGCUUUUCAGGAAUUUGUUGAUUCAGCAAGCAAAAUGGAACUGAAAUGUACUAUAUUUGCUUUAGCAGCAUUAAAUAAUGCAUACCUCCUUAAUGUUGUGGACUUAAUCACACCUUUUGAAAGCGCAUGCCAUUUUUUAACAAGGAAAGGUUUAGCCAGAUCUGUAGAGCCAGAUAAACCCUUGACAUCAUCAGUUCAUCUGCUUUCUUACUAUUAUUCGACACAUAACAUCAAAAUUGGAAGUGAAGAGUUGGUAUAUGUCACAUACAUUAAUGAUCUGCGUCUCUUCUACUGCCAGCUUGCCAGAAAUGCACAUGCUCUUGAACGCUUAACAAAUAGCAUUGGUAAACUCAGCAAAAUGGGACAUAGUCUGAAAUCCUUGCCGGUUCCUGGAAACUUGUAUCUUGCAAAGUAUACUGAUGGCUGCUGGUACAGGGCAAUACUGGCUAAAACAAGUCCUACCGAAGAAGUCUUCUUUGUGGAUUUUGGGAAUACGGAGUCGCUGACAAAAGAAGAUCUGAUUUUAGUACCCAGAGAUGCCUAUGAGAUACUGCUUUUGCCAAUGCAAGCCAUAAAAUGUUCAUUAUCUGAUACUGCUGGUGUACCUAAAGAAGCCAUUGUGUGGUUUGAAAAGGCAGUGCUAGAUAAGCCCUUAAAGGCUUUAAUUGUAGCAAAAGAUCCUGAUGGAAAGCUAAUAGUUGAACUAUAUGCUGACAAAAUGCAGAUAAAUGCAAAAAUGAAAGAAGACUUAGGUUUGCAAGGCAGCAAAGCAUUGGACAGAUCUGCAGAAAAUAAGGAUUCGGGCAGUGAAGCAAGAAGGCCAUUUUUUACAGGUGUUGACCAUUCUACUCCAGAAAUUAAGAGAAGCAUGUCUAAAAAUCUGGAAUCCUUAAGUAGUAGCAGACCCAGAGCUUUGUGCAGAGAAGUAAAACCCUUUCAGCAGAAAACAAUGCCAGAGGUGAUGACACAGUCUCCUCUGCCAGUAGAAAGACUUAACUCAACUGAUAGUGUGGCAGAUAAGAGCAGACGUUAUGUGCCCCUUGAAAAGAGAGAAGAGAAAGCUGAUAGCUUGAGAACCAGAAAUCAAAAGGAAACUUGCAUAAACUCUUCACUUAAGAAAAUGUGUGAUUUGCCUCUGAAGAACACAAGCCCUGGUUUUAAAACCUUAGUGUAUGUUUCUCAUGUAAAGAAUCCUUCUGACUUUUAUGUUCAGCUAGUAGAAGAUGAGCCACUGCUUGACAGUGUUUCAGAGAAACUAAACCAGUCUGAAACAACUGAGAACCUAAAUGGACAGCAUCUCCAUGUAGGAGACUUAAUAUGUGCAGUUUUUCCAGAAGAUGGCUUGCGGUAUCGAGCUGUUGUCCAAAAGCAGCCGUCAGAUGAAGGGAUCAGCGUACAGUAUAUUGAUUAUGGUAAUACUGCAGUAGUUAACAUUUGCAAAACAUGUAGACUCCUGGAGGACUGUGCACUGCUUCCGGCAAUGGCCAUUCAUUGCUCAUUGGGUGGCAUUAAGACCAUGGGGCUUCCAGAGUGGUCAGAGGAAGCCAUGCUGUACUUCUCCCAGAGCACGAGUGAAAUUCAGAUGAACUGUGAAUUUGUGGAACAACUUGCAGGCAAAUGGGAAAUUAUUCUGUGCGAUGGAGAAGGCAAUGUGACUGCAGAUUUGGUUAAUAGUCAUCUUGCGUGCAAAAAAUCUGUUUUAGUAGAGACAUCUGACAAAAACGAAACUGAGGUUGACAUGAUCGAUUUGGCUGAAAUUAUUUCUGAUACGCCUAGCAAAGCUGCACUCAUCCAGGAUGCCAAAUCAUUUUUCUGGAAGUCACCUAUAGUUGGUCAAACUGUAAAAGCCUUUGCAGGAUCCACAGAGAGCCCGGGAUACUUCUGGUGUCAGUUUGCUGAUCUUUAUGAGAUCCUUGCCAUUGAAAAGAAAGUCCAAGAUGCUAGGAAGCCUGCUGGUUGCAAUACAGCUGAUAUUAAAAUUGGCUACUGUUGUCUGGCAAAAUGCAAUAAAGAUGAAAAUUUUUACCGAUCCAUAGUUAUCAGCUUAGAGGAGAGCACCUUGAGAGUUGCUCAUAUUGAUCGUGGAACUGAGGAACUUGUCACCAGAGAGAUGUUAAGGCAGAUUUCUGAUGAGCUGUUAACACUACCUCCUCAAGCAUUUCCAUGUUGUCUGUUUGGAUUUAAUUCCUCUGAGGGGUCAUGGGUAGAAGGAGCAAGUGAUAUCUUCUGCAAUAAAGUAGUGGAUUCUUUACUAGAUGUUACAGUUAUGGAAAUACUAUGCAAUAGGCCUUUUGAAAUUCCCUUAUUUGUUGUUAAUUUGGAAUGUCAGAGGGAAAACAUCAAUGCACAAAUGAAACUUUUUUGGGAGCCUAACACUGAAGACGGUGGCUCAGCUGUGGCAAAUAUCCUCAGUCACGAAGGGCAGAACAGAGAUGCUAAGGCAGAAGAUUUGGAAGUUGUACUCUGUGAAACGGGAAUGUCUGCUUCUACUUCUGUGGCUUCAAAAUAUACCAUGGCUUCAGAAGAUUAUUUAUAUGCAUCAACGGAAGACUGUUUAGCUUCUGCAAGGAAUGAGGGCCUUUGUGAAACAAAAGGAAAUGAAUAUCCACUUGAAGUAGAGGAACAACAAACUAUACCUGAAACGCCUAAUAACGAACUGGACUUUUCUGUCCCUGAGAGAGAAAGUGAUAGCAAGAGGUGUGUUCUAAAUUGUUCAGAUGUUUCUGAAAUUCAGCUUCCAGCAAGUACGGAGGUGUCGGGACAGAAUCCCUUUGAAGCCCAAGAGGAGGUCAAAGGCCAGAAGGCAACCUUAACACAGGACCCCGUUGAAGGGGAGCUGCCGUUGAGCUCUGAAGACUCUUCAGACUCGGUGGUCUUAGAAGUGCCUCUUUCCUCUGAUACCAGGCAGCUGCUGACAGAACUGGAAGCCCUGAGAACUCAUUCCUUCGAAAGCUUAGUGGAAUUGGAGUCCAUGAUGAAUCAUCUCUCAUGUGAAGAAAUAGGAGAGACCUCCAAACUGGGCCUGGUUGAAGUGCCCUUGAUGGAAGGAGAGUUGGAACAGAGUUCUUCGCUAAUGGACGAAGUGGACGGCUGGCUCAGCUGUGGUCAGGAGAGGCUGCUAGAACUCCCAGUCCCUGCAACACCGCUUUUGCCAGCUGCUGAAACGAAGGAACUGUCCUUACUGCCUGCUCCACCUCCUCCCACUGUUCCGGAGAUCCAAUCACCCCUUUCAGGAAGUGAACUAAAUCCGCAAGUCCCGUUUUACAUGAGAGAGUCUACAGAUCUGUGUGAAAUUGGACAGGAUGCCCCAAAGCUGAAAGACAGAAAACAGCAAACUGUCUCGGAGCAGAGUUCUGAACAAGUGGAGACGAGGCCUGCCGCGUGUCGAUCUUUUGAAGAGAGCGACAGUAAGCUGGCCGAGGAGGAUUCUGUGAGUACGCUGCUAGUGGGAGAGCAACCUGAAACUUCAAGUCAGAGUGCAGAAAAAAAUGAAGCUCCUUACGAGUUAAAAGGAUUUGAUGUUGGAUCCCAAUGCAUGGGGAGCACAGGUGCGCACUGGUAUGAGGCUGAGAUCUUGGGCGUUUCUGCUGAAGGUAUAAAGGUGUUGCAUGAUGGAAUAAGUACCUCACUUCCUUUGCCAGAAAGCAGUUUAGCAGUUGAAGGUGAGGAGUACAUCUUUACAACUUCUGUGAAAGAAGAGAAGGGUGGUUUGGACAACUGUGCUGAUUUUUUGGGGUUGAGUGACCAACAACAGUGA